ACAUUUCUGCUGCCCAUUCAGGUGCUGCCCAGACAGACCUCCAUGUCGGCCAGCGUACUGCAGCAGCUCAGCCUACUCAACUUGAUGGCCCAGGAGGUUCCCAAUCUGCCGCUGGACUACUACACCUGCCCCUUCAAGGCCAACAAGCUGAGCUGGUUCCUGGGGAGCAAUGAGCAGGACACUUUCUUCUCUACCACCCAGAGGCACCAAAUUCUCUACGAGAUCCUGGCCACGAUGCAGGAUCCCCACUCCAGGUAGCAGGAGGUGGGGGUGGACUGGCUACUGAGCGAGAACGUCUUCACUGCCGCCUUCGUGCUGCACGAGGGUCCCUACAAGCUCUGGCCAGAGGAGCCGGCUGCUGGCAGCCUCAGCAAGCACCAAGUCCUCUUCCAGUACUGGGCCAGCUGGGGGAAGUGGAGCAAGUACCAGCCGCUGGAUCAUGUUCACCAGUACUUUGGGGACAAGGUUGCUUUCUACUUCACCUGGCUGAGUUUCUACAUGGGAUGGCUCUUGCCUGCCACAGUGGUGGGGACAGUGGUGUUCAUCACGGGCAUUUUUCUGACGUUCAAUGACGUAUCUUCGCAGGAGAUAUGCGCAAGCAAAGAACAAUACUGGAUGUGUCCCCUCUGCAAGACCUGUUCCUACUGGCAGCUCUCCAAAAAUUGCAGCAUGUUCAUGGCAGGACAGCUCUUUGACCAUGGUGGGACCAUCUUCUUCAGCAUCUUCAUGUCCCUGUGGGCAGUGCUGUUCCUGGAGUUCUGGAAGCGGACCAACGCAUCCCUGGCUCACCACUGGGACUGCUCCGAGUUUGAGGACAUCAAGGAGCAGUCACAGCCCCAGUUCACAGCCACGGCUCCCAUGACGAUAACGAACUCUAUAACGGGGGCAGAGGAGCCAUAUUUCCCCAAACACAGCCACUUCCACCGGAUUUUGGCUGGUUCAAUGGUCAUUAUAAUGAUGAUUCCUGUGGUGGUAAUGUUCCUGGUCUCCAUUAUCCUGCUGGCCAUCCUCCUCUCCAGCUCGAGCUACUUCUGGUUUGUGUCUUCUUCAGCAUCUCGCAUUGCCAGCAUCACCAGCUCCAUGGUGAACCUCAUCUUCAUCCUCAUCCUCUCCAAGAUCUAUAUUUCCCUGGCUCAUUUCCUCACCAAGUGAGAGAUGUACCGCACCCAGACCAAGUACAAGGACACUUUCACCUUCAAAGUGUUCAUCUUCCAGUUUGUCACCUUCUACUCCUCUCCCCUUUACAUGGCCUUCUUUAAGGGCAAGUUCAUCAGCUACCCCGGGAACUACCAGAGCUUUCUGGGGGUCCCCAACAAGGAGUGCAGCCCAGGCGGGUGCUUCAUCAAGCUGGUGCAGGAAUUGCUGGUCAUCAUGGUGGGGAAACAGAUCAUCAACAAUGUGCAGGAGCUGGCCAUCCCAUGGCUGAAAUGCUGGUGGCACAAGGUGGGUGAGGAAGGGGAGUUGGUCAUGGUGAAGCAGGCACCCUGGGUGAUGGACCACCAGCUCCAGCUGCUGGUGUUCGAGGGGCUGUUUGACGAGUACCUGGAGAUGGUCCUGCAGUUUGGCUUCAUCACUAUCUUUGUAGUGGUCUGUCCCUUGGCACCCCUCUUUGCCCUGCUCAACAACUGGGUGGAGAUCUGCCUGGAUGCCCAGAAGCUCAUCUGUGACUACCAGCAGCCCGUGGCUGAGUGGGCGCAGGGCAUUGGCAUCUGGUUCUCCAUCCUGGAGGCCAUCACUCACCUGGAUGUCAUCAGCAACAUACGCUGGGCAGGCGGGCGGUCCUUCCUCAUCACCUUCACCUCUUAUUUCCUGCCCCACAUGUACUACGAGGACACCUACGACAGCAGCCUGCGUGGCUACAUGAACUUCACCUUGGCAGACGUGCCGUGGGACUUUGUCCUUCAGAGCAACAUCACGUGCAGGUGGGAGCCUCCUCGGGACUGGGACGGCAACUUGACCUUGACUUACUGGCAGCUGCUGGCCAUACGCUUAGGCUUCAUCGUCAUGUUUGAGCAUGUGGUUUUCUUUAUCGCACAUGUGAUUGAGUGGCUGGUACCCAACGUCCCCUAGUCCGUAGAGAUCAAGGUGAAGCGUGAGCAGUACCUGGCCAAGGAGGCCCUGACUGAGAAUAAGGUCCUUUUGGAGAGAUGGGAGACAAGAAGCAAGGCCAGUGUCACGGACCCAGCCACAGGCAGAGACCGGGACACCAAGCAGUACUCCAGGAGCUGA